UGGGGGAGGAGGAUCAUCUGAUUUUAGAAGACUGGAUCCGAACCUUUGACAAGCUCUUUGAUUCACUCAACUGCCCGUUGGAGCAGCGGGUAAACAUAGCGGUGUACUACUUGCACCAAGAGGCUGAUCAUUGGUGGGCUGCCACCGUACCAACCCUGCUCGAGCAACCGAGAUUUUGUUGGGAAGACUUCAAGAUAGCCCAACGCGACCGUUUCUAUCCGGACCAUGUGAAAGAGGCAAACUAUGAUGAGUUUGUCAACUUCAAGCAAGGAGAUUUAACUGUCCAAGACUACCACACGAAGUUUGUCCAUCUAGCCCGCUUCGCCAAAGAGCUGGUAUCCACUGAGGCCAGCAUGACCCGAAGGUUUGUGAAUGGGCUGAACUUUGGCGCCCAAAAGUUCGUAAUCGUGACAGAGCCGCAGAACAUGAAUGAGGCGUACCGGAAGGCUGGCAAGUACUACAUGGUACAUCAGAAAGAGAGGGAGGCGCAGAAGAGAGACCGGAAGAUUGCCGAGGUAGAACAGCAGCAAAAGAAGGCCCGAACUGACUGCCCAGAGCCAAGACAAAACAACCAAAACGGUAGAACCUUCCAAGGCCAGGGUCAGGGAAGGAAUCAGCCCGCUCAGGUACGGCACUACAAAUGCAAACUGUGCCCAAACAACCAUCCCGGGAAGGAUUGUGCGGGAAAUGCGGUGAGAUGUUACAACUGUAAUCUCAUGGGACAUCGGGCAUAUGAGUGCCGGAAACCUCCGAGCCAGGGUCAAAACCAAGGGAACAACCAAACUGGGGGCGGGAACAAUCACGCUAACACCAACCGUGGUAAUCCCGGUAAUCGCCCAGCGGAGACUAACCAAAACCAAGGCCCGGGAGGGCAAAACAACACUCAAGGCCGCAUCUACGUCAUGAACCAGGCUCAAGCAAAUGCACACGAUGUGGUGACAGGUGAGGAUGAUCUUGUCGAUUGAUGAUUGCUUGCAUGGCCCGAGAGCGAAUUAGAAGUCGCCUUAGUUAUACUAGUCAUGAAAUAAACAUUUACUUUACAAACACGUUAUUUUAUUAAAUUAGCUGUUAUGUUUUAGUUGCAUGUGCAUCCGGUCGAGAGAUGACCGGAUGUGGCGGUAACACCCAUUUUCCUUAUUAAGACUUCCGCUGUACUUUCUUUAAAUUUUCAUUAUCAAUAAAUAAAAG